CAGCCUGUGUAAUAUUUUCAUAUUCUUGUUAUGCUUUGGUAUUUUAUGGAGCUAAUGAAAGUGCCAAGAGUGGAGGCAAAAUUAAGAGUGUUCUCUUUCAAGAUUCAGUUUGGGACUUAGGUUUGCUGAUUCUCAAGGCUGAAGACUUCAAGAGGAGUUUAAACACUGUGAACUCUGCCUGUGAAGAGUUGCUAUCCGCGAUUUAUUUUACAACCAACCAGUUCGAAGGAAAUACAUGCAAUCCAGUCCCAAUAAGGUGCUGCAAUCAAUUAAGAAAUGUGUACAGCAGCUUGCUCUUGUGCGUCCAAAUGUUUCCUUCAAAGUUAUCGAUGUUGAAAGAUGAUGAGCUUUUCUGCACACAAAUUGCUUCUUCGCCACUAGCACUUUUGACCAGCGGCUUUGAGGAGGAGGUAUCAAGCUUUCUUCAAGCUUUAGAAGUUGAGAAUGACAUCAUAAAGCUAUCUGGAUAUGUCUCUGGCCCUUGCAAUGCUUUGAAUAUGAAGGAUUGGGAUUCUAUACUCAACUUCAUUGAGAAGUUCAUAAAAGAAUGCUGGGAGGAAAACAUAGAUUGUGGAGAGUCCUUCAAUCAGUCCACUUACAGGGUACAUAAAGAUCAACCGUGGGAAGAUCUCAACAUUCUUCCAACAGAAGCAGAUAAAUCAAAAUUUGGAAGCCAUACUAAGAAUUCCCAAGAACACUCUGUUUCCACUUCAGGCAAGCUAACCGAAGAUGAAUAUCAUCAAUCUGACCGGGAAGAUGUUAGAACCUCUCUUGGUUACUUGUGUCAAGGGACUGAAAUAUUGAGAGAGAAACAAAACAAGAGAGACUUUUCUUUAUCAGACUCUUUUUUCUGGAAAUUUAGUGAAUGAUUCAUAUGCCAGAUGCAUGCCAACUGUUAGAAAGCAUAAGAGUUUAUUGAUGUAUGAUAAGAAUGGUCAAUCACUAGGAGAUUACUUUUCAGAUGAUAAAUUAGGGAACUGGAUGGUAGAUUUGACUAAUUAGUGUUUAUUGCGAUGCUUGUAUUUUGGUAAGUUUAGUAAGACAAGGUUUUGUA